AAGUAGAAAAGAGAAAUUGUGAUAUAAGUAAAUCUCAUAAUGAAUUAAACUAACGUGAUUAAUCUGUUCUAAACCUAAGCUCAAUGCGCAAAUUAACCUGUUUUGUAGGAUAGGGUUUGGUCGUCUUGUUUAAUAUAAAUAUGACCAUCCAUGUCACAGAAGGUGAAAUAUUUAAAAGCCAAUGUAGUAUUGCAAUUCAACCCUUCACCAUUAAGGUUACCAUUAACAGCCUCCAUUACCAGUUUUACUCAAGUUUUAUGCAUGAGUCACAUUUGUCUUUUACUUUCUUGAUUUGCUAUUAAAGAAAUCUCAUUUCUAGGAAAGAUAUAUGUUUGUAUUGUUAUCGUUGUCUAAUGUCAUCUUUAUAAUGGUUGUUAUAAGUUUUGAUGUUAGUCUUAAGUACCAAAUUUUGGAUUUUUGGACCUAGUCUGCAGUAUAUAUAUCUAUCAGAUAAAUAAUUAAAUUGUAUGUAAUAGACUAGCAUACACAUUGGCUGAUUUAAAAAUUGCUUGAAUGCAUAAUAAACUACUAGUAUGUUGCUGGAAGCAUGAAUUGGUCCAUUAAGUGUCACAUGGAGUUGUAAUAGUGGGUUAAGUAUACAUGCAUCUAUAGAUGUCCCUUAGCAGGUGUUUGAGGUGUAAAGAUCAAAAGAAUGAUAAUAGAACAUAGUAGCUGGGGAUUUCAUGAAUAAACUUGUGUGUUCUUUUGUAUAGUUCUGAAUAAUUAUUUGAAAAAUAAUGAUAUACUGUUUUUAAAAAUGAUUUUAAAGAGUUACUGCUGUCAGUGGGUGAACUUAGAUUUUCUUUUGUCAUGACUUUGCGCUUUCAUGUAAACUUAAUUUCUAAGUCCCAAUAAGUUCCAUAAAUCAUAUAUUUAUAUUCAUUAUAUGGAUUGGUUCUAUGAUAUUUUUCUUGGUAUUUUUCCUCCAAAUGUUUUAGUGCUGCCUCUAUGCUUUCAAAAUUUUCUCUUUUUGUACAAGGUUGGUUCUUGUUCAUUAAUUCACUAGGUUGGGUUUUUGAGAAUCUGAAGUAGACAUUGGACUGAGAUUAAUCUUGUUUGUUCUCUGCCUUAGAAAACAUAACCAGUAAAAAAUAUGCUGAAUUCAGACGAACUCACACUUGAAGAAACCAAGCAUACACUUUUUAAGUCAAUUUGGGACUUAUAAUAGAUUUUGUUCUAAAAGUUGUCAAAAGUGAAAUUCAAGUCUAAAUUUCAAAAGCAAAUUUACAGCAAACAAAUUAUGUUGGUGGAUUUGGCUAUAUUUGAGGUUUAGAUCUUUUUGAUG